GCACGGGGCCCCUCGUACUUCGUAGUGCCGCCGCCAGUCGCACCGCGACCCGCGCCAACGUCGCACCUCCCGCGCUCGAGAGCCUCGCCCGUGUGACCGCAGUGAACCGCGCGAUACCAGUGCCGAAUGUUGGACGUCCCGCCCGUGUUUUUCCGUUGGAAUUCGAGCGCCCACGAAACCAGUUCGGCCGGCGCCCUCGGAUCCGCGUCUCAGCGACCCGCGACUUGAGAUGCGCCCGUGACCGUCUUUCGACAGUGCCACGAAACGUACUUCUGUAGAAGCGUUGGAAGCUGUUCAUAUAGCACAUCAAAUGAUCUCGGCGCGCCUCCCCAGCGAGGCGCUGGUCCAGCUGGGGCAGCUGCAGCUGAGCCACCUGCACCCGCCGCCAGCCAUGACGCCGGAGUUCCUCGCCCCGCCCCCGCGCCCCUACCCGCGGUACCCCACUCGGCGGCGCGAGGUGCCCCCGUACUCGCCGGUGCCCGGGGCGUACGCGCACUUCCUACCCCAGCCUAACUUCCCCUACCUGUACCCGCGGCCGAGACCCAGCUACCCGCUGCGGCCGCGGCCCACGUCGGGCUUCGUGCCGCCGCCGCCCGCACCGCACUCGCCCAGCACGCCGCCGCUGCCCGUGCCUGUUGCGCCGGCACCGCAAGCGAUAAGAGAGGAGCCGCCUCUAUCUCCUGAGCGCGGUGCACCAGCCCCCUACUUCUGUCGAGGCGCCCUCAUCCGCCUGGAGAACGGCACCCUGAGGCGGGUGGAGGAGAUGAGGACGGAGGACUUCGCGAUGAGCGCGGAGCACAACGGGGAUCUGGCUUUGACGCAGUGCACUCUACUGCGGCUGGAGGAACGCGGAGACAAGAUCGCGCUAGUGCUGGCGUAUGACAGGAAUCGCUCGCAGGUGGAGCUGGAAUCAACAGCGGAGCAUCCGUUCUUCGUGUACGGACGAGGUUGGGCGUCGUUCAAACCCGAGCGCACCCUGGCCCGGUACGGCCUGCACGUGCCGAGGCUCCAAGUUGGGGAUGUGUGCGUCACGUUGGUGGAGCGGAAACACACCACCAGCGCUCCCAUGCCACCGCAGACCCAGCCAGAAAACCUGAGUGUGAAGGAGGAUGCCAGAAAACGGCGCUGGUCUAUAGCGGACGAGGAGCCUCCGUUAAAGAAACGCUGAGUGAUACUGUAUGCCGUCGCCACGAAAUGAAGCCGAGACCAAGUCUUGAAAAAGGGCUGAAAGUCUUAAAACCAAGGUCUCGUAACCAGAACUUAAAGUCUUGCAACCGAGAUGGUCCUGUGACCAGGAACGAUUUAAAGUCUUGUGACUGCGAGAGUCUUGUAACCAGGACUGAAAGUCUUGAAACCGUGACUAAAAGUCUUGAAACCGAGAUGGUCUUGUAACCAGGACUGAAAGUCUUGAACCGUGACUAAAAGUCUUGAAACCGAGACUGAAAGUCUUGUCAUCGCAUGUGUGGAUGGCCCCAGUGACUAUGUUCGUUUUAGUUUCUUCAGCGGUCGAUGUAGAUACGCUUACGGAAACUAGGUGCUUUUUUCUGUCGGGUGCUUUUCUAUACGAGUUUGUGUAUAUUGUAAAUAUAAGUUAAGUCUUUCGAUGUGAUCUUAAUGUACGGCUUUGGUGUUCCUUCCAAAUAAUUUUGUUUACUUACGUAUUGUUCAAAUUAAGAAUUUUAUUGAGCUACAAAGAUAUUGUGAGAACUAGAUGCGUCAACACAAUUUGACGAAAUGUACCAAAAUGGUUUAUGUAGAAAAAUUAUAGUAUUUUAUUGAUUCCAUUGUAAAUAUUAUACUCAUUUGUGCAAUAUUUGCGUACAUCUUUUCACCUAAAGUCGUACAAUACGAUCGAACUCUGUUCAUAAUAUUAAAAAGCUCUCGACAUGCUCAAUAGGUGCUAGUAUUUGCAAUGUAUUAUGAACACAAGUGACAAGACUUCUCUAUGAAAGGGCGUUUUUAGUCUUGCGGAUUUGGUCAAGCAGAAAUUUGCUAUUUUAAAGAUUAACGGAUAAAACAUUGUAUGAAAUCCAUAUUAUAUCAACUGUAAAAAGGUCGAUUCGUGCGUGACCAAAAAUGCAUGACUCUUAUGUCCGUUUUCACCAAACGCGCCCUAAUGCAUUAGAGGCUGUUGGUGAAAAAGGACAUAUUACGCCCAAACUCACAAACAUCUGACAUUGUUCGGGGUGGAAUCAUGCGAGCACAAAUGCGUAUCAGAUCUUAAUAUAGAUUAAAUAUUGUGAUAACUUAUGAGAUUCGUCAUUCGUUGCGACGUAGAGCGGUACAAUGAACAUUAGUUUAGACAUUUUACUUUUCGACUGAUUUCUGACGCGCAGUCAUUCGUUUUUUAUGGUUGUGACUGCACAUAUCCUUCCUUUAUCGCGCUGCUCCGAGGUUCCUCGCUAAUCUGACAAAUCCGGUCUAGCUAGUAAUACAUACUGUAAAAUCGUUCGCGAUUAGAUGCCAUCUCUAUUGGUUUUGACGUCCACGUGUGAUACACAAUUUUUCUAUGAGAAAAUGUAUACAUAAUAAAACACACAGUCUGUGAUAUUUUGUAGUUAUUGGUCAAUGUAGGUAUGAAGUAUUGCUUGAAAAAAUUAAAAGAAAAAAUAUUAUUAGUAUAGAUAAGCAUUAUCGGAUAGUCUAUAUAGUGAAUGUAUAUUCGAAAGAUUUACGCAUAAAGAAAAUAAAACUAAAGAUAUAAAGUAGAAUCUGUGAUUAAUAUUAUAUCGCUGUUUGUAACAAGCGCAAGGCCAUAUCAUUAACGAUUUGUUUUUAAAUUUAAAGUAGAAGUGUUAAAUGUUGUCUCAAAGUAUUUCGGUGUAAUACAGUUAAUUUCAUUUUUAUUCGGCUAACAAAACUACGUCGAUGUUACAGAAUUUUAGGCGCAAAAAAACUUCCGAUAACCGUGUCCAAAUGUUCCUACAAAAUGAUUACUUUUCAUACGAUGUAUACUUAACACUUGGUACGCAAAAUAUUGUUUAGAAAAACGCACGGUCCUGUGCCUGCGUGUAUCGCCAAAUUCAUUAUUUAUCUGCUGGGUAUAAGU